UUCUCUGCACCUGCGAUGGCGCUGUAUUCUUUCCGUCUCCGGCGAGUUCUCUCACUUUCCUCUUCCAUUUUCACUCAAACAUUCCAUCAACCACCAUCUCUCCUCAUUUCUUCAACUCCAUCAUCACUCUCCCAAAUAAACAAUCCCUCUAAGCUUCACCGUUUCGAUUUUCCUAACCAAUCGAGGUUAUUUAGGUCUUCUACUAUUUCGCUGUCCUCCAGGUCUCGAUCAUUUGACCGGAACCCUGGUGACGAUGAAAUAGGUCCCGAUACAAUCCUUUUCGAAGGAUGCGAUUAUGAACACUGGCUUAUUGUUAUUGAUUUUCCUAAAGAUACUCAGCUUACUAGGGAACAGAUGAUUGAUACUUAUAUACAAACUGCUGCUGAAGUCUUUGGGAGUGUGGAAGAGGCUAAGAAAAAGAUUUAUGCCUUAAGCACAACGACUUACCGGGGUUUUCAGGUCUUGUGUUCAGAGGAAACAUCGAAGAAGUUUGAAGGUCUGCCAGGAGUUGUGUUUGUACUGCCUGAUUCGUACAUUGAUCCAGUAAACAAGGAAUAUGGAGGUGACAAGUAUAAUAAUGGGGAGAUCAUCGAGAGACCACCGCCUCCACAGUUUCAAAGACAAGGUAGCAGGCCUCGAAGAGGCCCACAGUAUCAACAAGGCAAUUAUUCCCCACCGCAGGGUCCACCUCAGCAGAACUAUGGGCCACCACAGGGUCCUCCACCGCAGCAGAACUAUGGCGCACCACAGGGUCCUCCACCCCAACAGAACUAUGGCCCACCACAGGGUCCUCCACCCCAGCAGAACUAUGGCCCACCAAGGUAUCCUCCACCCCAACAGAACUAUGGCCCACCAAGGUAUCCUCCACCCCAGCAGAACUAUGGCUCACAACAGUAUCCUCCACCCCAGCAGAACUAUGGCUCACAACAGUAUCCUCCACCACCUCAACAGAACUACAGACCACCACAGAAUCCGCCACAGCAGAAUUAUGAGAGUCCGCAGAAUCCUCUGCCAAAUCAGAGUUCCGGUGCAUCUCAGAAUGUUCCUCCUCAAUGGAAUCAUGGCCGUCAGCAAAGUUUUUCACCUCAACAGAGUUAUGGGCCACAAGGAGCUGGGGAUCGUAGGGGUCCUACACCUCUUGGUAGCAGCCCCGGUGGAUGGGAUAAUUCCCAGGGUGAAAGACAAGAUUCAAGACGUCCAUACGAGGUUAAUUAUAAUCAAGGAGAGCAAGGAAAUUACUCUCCUCAAGACCAGAGAGGUUCUGCACCUCCAGAGCAAGGAGGCUUCGGAGGAGCUCAACAUUAUGCCCCUCCACAAGGUGGAAGUUAUGGACAACAAACCUUUGGAGGUCAAAUGCAGGGAACUGGUGCCCCGUUUGGGCAGAGUAAUCCAAGGCCAGGAGGAGAUCAGAGUUUCCCACAGAUGGAGCAGCGGGGCAACAUGCAAGGAGGAGAGCAGAGAACUUAUGCAGCUAGUGGUACAACGGGAACGGACCAAGGGAGAUACUGAAAACAUGGCGUAGCAUCGUGACAUGCUGAGAAAUGAUUGUACUGGGGAAGUCCAUUAGCUUUUGACUAGCUAAAGGUGAUGGUUAUUGUCUGAAUAAUUGAGAAAUGAUCAUCCUCAAGUCUCAACAAUUGGUUCUGAUGACUGAAGACUUGUUGUGGUAAAUAGUUUUCCAAUGUCUUAGUUCUGGUGUUUUGUGAAUGAUAACAUGGAGAGACUUAGGAGUAAACAAGCCUGCAUUAUCUGUUUCUUUUUUUGUGUAAGAAAGAAGGGAACUGGGUUUUUAAUGCCUUUUUAAAUUUUGUUAUCUUAGAUGUACCACGUUUUAUUGCCCUAUAAAAAGAAUAAAACACCGAGAGAAAAGGGGGUACUGGAUACCUGACCUCCUCAUACUGUA